AUGCGUCAGGCGGGGACUUAUUCCGGGAUACUUUCAGGUGGGAUUUCGGGGAAAACCGGACCACAUUCAUUUCCGUUGGCGAGGAUCAAGAAGAUCAUGAAGAAAUCGGGCGAUGACGUGAAGAUGAUCUCAGGGGAAGCACCCAUUGUUUUGUCUAAAGCUUGCGAGCUUUUUGUGGAGGAAAUCACGAGGAGGGCUUGGAUGAUGACGAUGCAAGGAAAGAGGAGAACUCUUCACAAAGAAGAUGUUGCUUCAGCUGUUAUUGCCACUGAUAUCUUUGACUUUCUUGUUACUUUGGUUUCUUCCGAUCAGAAUCCUGCUAAUACUAGCAGUCAGACUGAUCGGGUGACUGGUGCCGGGACGCCACCACCAGCGGGCGUUAUGGAUUUGGAAAGAUGA